UGAAGCUUGACUGAAGGGUUUCUCUGCCUAGUGUGGCAUUCACAUCCUAACGCUCAUGUGGUAAAGUCCAACAUUGUGUGGCUUCCCCUGAACACUGGCCUCCAUCCAGGAUCUGAAGCAGAAGGAAGGAUCUGAAGGAUCAGAGACAGAAAGAUAGAGAGAUACUGUGUGCAAGAUAGAGAGACGAGAGAUUCUGUAAGUCAGAGAAGACAGAAGAGAGAAGAAAGUGGUGAGAAAUCAAACGAUAGGAUAACAAAUCCAGAGGAACCAAAUUGUGAAGAGGGUCAUUUAGCUGACUGUCUACUACAGAUCUACCAACAUGGCAGCCAUGGAAGCACUGGAGCCAGCAAGUGUCCAGCUGGAGCCACAAACCCUCACUGAGAUCUCAGACGAUGAGGUCAACCUUCCUCCCUCAGACGAUGAAGACGAUGCCCUCGCCGCAGCCAAGAAAGAUCUGUCCAUUGUGGGUACAGAGGGCGACGUGGCCGAGGACAAGGACGAAGCGGCAAAGCUGGACCCGCAGGUGAACGGCGUCAUGGUCCUGUCUCUGCUGGACAAGAUCAUUGGUGCCGUGGACCAGAUCCAGCAGACACAAAAUGGCUUGGAGGCCAGGCAACAGGAGAUGGAGCGCUCGGUGACCACCAUCCAGGGGGAGUUGAUCAAACUGGCCAAGAGUCACAGUACCACAUCCAACAGCGUCAAUAAGAUGAUGGAGAAGGUCCGCAAGGUCAGCGUCAAUGUGAAGACGGUGCGCGCCAACCUGGAGAAGCAAGGUGGUCAGAUCAAGAAGCUAGAGAACAACGAGGCAGAGCUGCUCAAGAGACGCAACUUCAAAGUCAUGAUUUAUCAGGAUGAAGUGAAGAUCCCUUCAAAACUCAGCGUCUCUAAAUCCAUGAAGGUUUCUGACUCUGUGUCUGGAAGCAGAGGAGGAAGCCUUCUGGAGCUGAAGGAGGCUGCUGAGGAGCCUGGAGAGGAGGGAGGGGAGGGGGAGAAGGCUGACAAACCCCACGUGGACCUCUCCUCAGAUGAGGAAGGGCUGGACAUCGAAGAAGCCAUUGAAGAGUCUCGGGCAGAACGCAUCAAGCGCAGCAGUUUGCAGCGUGUCCAAACACUAAAGACAGUGUUCUCCAAGGAGAAGAUGGAUAAAACCAGGGCCAAAACCAAGGAGAACCUGGAGAAGACCAAACAGAAGACCAAGGAGAACCUGGAGAAGACAAAGCAGAAAACUAGAGAGAAUUUGGAAAAGACCAAGCAGAAAACCAAGGAGAACAUAGAGAAGACCAAACAGAAGACCAAAGAGAACCUGGAGAAGACACGUCACAACAUCGAGAAGAAAAUGGGCAAGUUGGGCACACGCAUGGCGGUCAACCAAGAACGCAAGCAGAAACUCCAGACGUCCCGUGACAAGGUCAAGAAGGCCUUCACGCCCGACCACGUGGUUUAUGCCCGGUCCAAGACUGCCGUGUACAAGGUGCCGCCCUUUACCUUCCAUGUUAAGAAAAUCCGUGAGGGUGCGGUGGAGGUGGUCCAAGGCACUGAGAUGGUGGAGGUGUCCCAGGACGCCGAGCCCUUCAACGAAGUGGACAGGGAGGUGGAGUUGGAGGAGGGGGCGGAGGAGGUGGAGAUGGAAAUGAUGAAUGGAGGAGGUGAUGAGGAGGAGGGUGAAGAUGAAGACGAGGAGGACAGCCAUGACGCCUUACAGGGGGACAGAGACAGUGACUAAAGGAAUCUGUCCAAAGCCUUGGAACAUCCACUGUGACAACCCUGAGGUUCCUUUGUAAAGACGGAAUGAUCUGUGGGAGUGACAUCACUGAAGAAGACUUAGAGUUUUAACAAGUUCAGGUUUAUUUGGAUCAUUUUGGUCACCCACUCUAUUAGUAAUGAUAACGACUGUUUACCAAAGUCAUAACCCCUUUGACAUGUUAAAAAAAGAAAGAAAGAAAGAAAAUGCCAAGAGGGACCAGAUAGAAGAGCCAUGUCUUACAGGUUAGGGUUAGGGUUAUAGGGAUAGGGUUUGGGUUUAGGGUUAGGGUUAUAGAAUUAGGGUUGGGGUUAUAGGGUCAAGGUUAUAGGGUUAGGGUUGGGGUUUAGGGUUAUAGGGUUAUAGGGUUAUAGGGUAGGGUAUAAUGGUGGUUCUCUCACAACACAACAUUCAUCGCACUGACGUCCAAAUCAAAGUGGAAGUGGAGACCAAAUGAACAUAGAAGUAUGAAAUGUAGUAACGUAGUGUAACAAGAUGUCCAAAAUGAUGAAUGUGACAUUAUAAUACUAUCACUGUUACACAAAUUAACCCCAGAUAAUCACUGUUUCAGUCCAAAGACACAAACACAUACCUUUGAGUUUGAGCGACAUACUGAGGAAACUACAUAUGUUCAGUGAAACCUACACUAGACUAGUCCAGAGUUGGGUUAGGGUUAGACUGAAAUGUAUCAAAUCGGUUAAAGGAGUUCAAAGAACAAGACAUAGAGAGGCCAAGAUAUUUAACCAAUUAGAAUACGCA